CUAAAUACAAUCAGGUGACCGUUUGAUAAUCAUAACGGUACAUCCGACGAAUUCGUUACACGCGGCUUCGACUCCGCAAGAGCAAACCUCCACGAAAUUUUGCACGGGGUUCUUGUCACAUUUCUUUGCCUCUUUCAUCCAGAAAAAGGGUCUGUUGCGAACUACCUUGUCCCAAGUCUACCGUAUUCAAGAGUAUAUCAAAUCAUGGCAGUGGAACCCGCCAAAGCAGAGAGCUAUGAAGCUCGCUGGAACCAAGCCAAUGUGAUUGAAGCGGUGCAAUUGUGGAAAUUGAAUCCGUCGGAUCAACAAAAGUUUUUCGUGUUGCAAAAGAAACUCCAAGAUGUCCAGCAUCCCUGGAACGAUCCUCACGUGGUCUUGGGGUUUGUGGAAGCAUUUGGGUUUCCGGCAGCCGAACAAAAGUUUCGGAAAAUGAUCGAAUGGCGUCUGCGCAACAAGGUGGAUUCCCUUUUGAAGGAAUAUCAUCCAAAUCCUCUCUUGAUGGAUCAUUCGCCCGUGGCCUUUCUGGCCGAUUAUGAUCACGAGGGAGAUCCGAUUUACUGUGAACGUGGUGGAGCUUGUGACGCCAAGGGCUUGCUCAAGCGCUUUUCGAAAGAACAGCUCAUGAGGCAUUCCAUUUGGCUGCGAGAAGUACAGAGCGAUGGAGCGUGGUUGGAUGAUUACAAAGAGCAAAUGGGAAGACCCGUCGUUUCCAUUACCGUGGUGUACGAUCUCCAGGGACUCUGUGGACGUCACUUGCAGCCCAAUGUAAUUUCCUUUUUCCAACGCCUCAUGAAUAUUACCGAGGAAUAUUAUCCUGGCCCUGUCAAACGAGUCAUUGUCAUUCGCAGUCCUCCCAUCUUUCGAACCGUAUGGGCCGUCGUCAAGCACUUCUUUUCCGAAGAGUCGCGACAAAAAAUGAUCUUUGCCAACAAGGAUUAUUCUACCCUCCCCUCCCACCCCUCCCUUUUCACUCUCUCCUUUACCGUCCCUCCUCCCUCUCCACUAUUUCUCCCCUCCCCUCCUUUCCUAUCUCCCACCUCCCACUCCUCUCCAUAUCCAACCCUCUACUCCCCCCUUCCUACUCCCCCUCCUCUACUCCCCUCGCACCUUACACUCCUCCCAUCUCCUGACACAUCCCACCUCCCCUUCUCUUCCGCCUCUGCCGUCACUACCUUCACCCUACGCCUCCUUUCACACCCCUCCUCUCCUCCUUACUUAUCUACCACCUCAACCCCCUCCCUACCAUCUCCUUCUCUCCGCCCCUAUCAUUUCCAAUCCUUUCCCCCUACUUCCUUACCCCUCCCCGCCUCUUCUCCGUCUUCCGCCCCCCUACCCUCCUCUCGUUCCUCCCUCCUCCGCCCCUCCUCCAACUUCCCCCUCACCACUUUCCCACCCCCUCCCCUACGCCCCUCUCCCCUACCUCUAACCCCUAGCUUCCCUCCCCCCUCCACUCUACACACACCCACCCCCACUCCAAAACUUCCAAACUCCACCCCCUAA